GCCUUCAGGGCAAUUGUUUCCUGAUGCCCCCAAAGCUGGAGAUUAGGCAAUGGAGUUUCACUGCACAAACACACACGCCAUACCUUCACACCCUCGCUUGCCAGUAGAAAAAAGUCAAAACAGCAAGAAAUGGCCUCGAUCCCAUUCCCACCUUUCACAUCUCACUCACGUAUAUCUGAUCAGAGGAAUCUAAUUCAUAUCAGAACUCUAGCUGCAAGGGAGUCUGGGAACUGUAGUACUCAGCCUGAAAGCCAGUGCAACAGGAAGGCACCCUAACAAGCGUGAGAAUGAGGGCUAAGGGCCCAACUGGCACAGCAGGUUUUUUUAUUUUUAAAGAACAGCAUAUCUGUAUGCAUUGGCUUAUGCUUGCAAUUUCUUUUUGCUCCUUUGCUAGUCUAUUUCUUCCCCUAAAUAGUCUAGCAGAAGCUAUGGAUAGAUAGUCCUCUACUUUCAAGGUCUUUGUAGUACUAGAUAGCUCACACCGGGGAAUGUGCAUACACUUGCCAUGUGAACCUUCCCUUUUUCCCCCCAGAAUCUCAUUCAUCAUGUCUGCCAUCAAGCUACGAAAAUUUCUUGACCACCGCCCUGCGAUCCCACCGAGCGUAUUCGUGGCUCGUCAAGGGAAGGACGUGCGGGGCUGCCUCCCCGGGCAGCUGGCAAGAGUCCAUUGGGACUACAGCGUAACGACAUCUCCCAGACCUUUCACAGACUGGGCAAUCCCACCCGAGACAGAAGAUCAAUGUCAGCCUCAGCUAGACCAGCAGACCCUCAUUCAAUAUAUUUGUUUUCGAAGAUAUUCAGAGCCUGCAGAAUCAUGGUAUAAAAAAAGCACGUACCAAAGAGACUAUUGUCUGCCAUUUUACAACAUUGACUGGGACCAGAAGUUGGCCACAGUUUCGCAGAAUCCACAGCCGCUUCUGGAGUCGCUGCCGGAGUUCUACUGUCGUGAAGAGGGACGGCGCUGGAGUGAGGACUUUCAAACUCGCCGUGGCAUUGGGGCACCUCUGGCGUCCUUAGGUGACUUUUGGACUAAACUAAUGAUGGCAGAACUGCUUUUAAUUUCAGUGUGCAUCCAUUCAGCCGCCACCCUAAAAUAUUUACAUACGUUGCAUAUCCUUUGCAGAUUAAGUUGGCCAGCCUAGGGCAGGGGAUUCAGACCCAGCAAUAGGAGGCCCUGUGACCUGUUCUUAGCCCCACCCCCAGUGUCACUGCUGGUGCUGCUAAA